UGCCUCCCUCGGUCUCUGUCACCCCAGGGCUCCGGAGCCCACCACACAGGGAGGUAAUUUCCUCUCUUGUGUUGUUUGCUCGGUGCCCCGUUGAAGAUCGGCCUGGAGGAGAAGACGUGCCAUUUGGAGGUGGUUCGGAUGAACGAGGAGGGGCUGUCGGUGGGCGAGCUCCCGGGGCCCCUCGUGAUGCUGGCCCACAACUGCGCUGUCAUGCACAACCUGCUUGGCCCUGCCUGCAUCUUCCUGCGCAAGGGCUUCGCCGAAAACAGGCAGCCUGACCGAGAGCUGCGGCCGGAAGAGAUCGAAGAACUAAGGGAAGCCUUCAAAGAAUUUGACAAAGACAAGGACGGCUACAUCAACUGCAGGGACCUGGGCAACUGUAUGCGCACAAUGGGCUACAUGCCCACGGAGAUGGAGCUGAUAGAGCUUUCUCAGCAAAUCAACAUGAACUUGGGCGGUCACGUGGAUUUCGAUGACUUUGUGGAGCUGAUGGGCCCCAAGCUCCUGGCGGAAACCGCAGACAUGAUUGGCGUCAAGGAGCUGCGGGAUGCCUUCCGAGAGUUCGACACCAAUGGCGACGGGGAGAUCAGCACCAGUGAGCUGCGGGAGGCCAUGAAGAAGCUGCUGGGACACCAGGUGGGACAUCGGGACAUCGAGGACAUCAUCCGAGACGUGGACCUCAACGGGGAUGGGCGUGUCGACUUUGAAGAGUUUGUGCGGAUGAUGUCCCGCUGAGGACGCGAGGAAGCCGCGGAGACCAACGCGCUCUCCGAGGGAGAAGAAGCCGGUGUGAGCACCUCACCCCGACGUCCCCGUGUGCGGGACGUCCAGGCCGAACCUGUCCGAGUAUGGGCGAGGUGCCCCACCCCGGACUCCCCCCACCCCUCCGCACUGUGAAAGGACUCGCAGACUUCUGCAACUAGAAGGCGUGGUGCCUGUGGAUGAGGUGGCAGUGCCAGGGCAGGCGGAGGUCGCGUAGGGCCCCAGGCAUCGUCGCUCUCCCCGGGCGAUGGCUGCUGGCUGGCAGGAUCUUCCCAGAAUCCCCCAGGGGGCAUGUCUGUCCUUGGGGCUGAGCCACCCCCAUCCCCGUUCCCUCCCUCUCUUCCUCCUUCUCCUCUCCUAGCUCCCUCCCUCUACUCCCUCCACCCUAAGAACCAAUAAAAGUUUCCAAAAGAAA